AUGAGUCCCACGGGAGAGUUGCCCCAUCUGUGCUCUGAGUGUGACAGAAGCUUUACAUGUAAAUCACGGCUUCUCGUACAUCAGAGGAGUCACACAGGAGAGAAGCCAUUUAUAUGUUCUGAGUGUAACAAACGCUUCAAAUGUAAAGCGCAUCUUCUCACACAUGAGAAGAGUCACACAGGAGAGAAAACAUUUACAUGUUCUGAAUGUAGCAAAUGUUUUCUUUCCGAACAGCAGCUUCUGAGUCAUCUGAGGAUUCACAUAGGAGAGAAACCGUUUAAAUGUUCUGAAUGUAGCAAGUGUUUUUCCCAUAAGCCACAUCUCCUCAGUCAUCAGAGGAGUCACACAGGAGAGAGACCGUUUAAAUGUUCUGAAUGCAGCAAGUGUUAUGCUUUCAAGACACUACUUGAUAUACACGAGAGGAUUCACACAGGAGAGAAACCAUUCAAAUGCUCUGAAUGUAGCAAGUGUUUUUCCCAUAAGGGAUAUCUUGUUGUUCAUCAGAGGAGUCACACAGGAGAGAAACCAUUUAAAUGCUCUGAGUGCAGCAAGUGUUUUUCCCAGAAGGCAAAUCUUCUUCGUCAUCAGAAGAAUCACACAGGAGAAAAACCAUUUAAAUGCUCUGAAUGCAGCAGGUCUUUUGCCUCCAAACUGCUGCUUGUUAUGCAUCAGCGGAGUCACACAGGAGAGAAACCAUUUAAGUGCUCCGAAUGCAGCAAAUGUUUUUCCCACGCGUCUCAUCUUAUUGCACAUCAGAGGACUCACACAGGAGAGAAACCAUUUAAAUGCUCUGAGUGCAGCAAGUGUUUUGACACCAGGCCACAUCUUGUUAUGCAUCAGGAGUCUCACAAGGCAGAGAAAUCCUUUAAAUGCUCUGAAUGCUGCAAAACAUUUUCCCAGAUGUCCGCGCUUGUUAAUCAUCAGAGGAGUCACACAGGAGAGAAACCAUUUAAAUGUUCUGAAUGUGAAAAGUGUUUUACCCUUAAGCAACAUCUUAAAAUACAUCAGAUGACUCACACAGGAGAGAAACCAUUUAAAUGCCCUGAAUGUAGCAAGUGUUUUAUCGACAAGCAACAUCUAGUUUUGCAUCAGAGGAUUCACACAGGAGAGAAACCAUUUACUUGCUCUGAAUGUAGCAAAUGUUUUACCUCCAAGCAACUACUUGAUAAACAUCAGAGGAGUCACACAGGAGAGAAACCAUUUACAUGUUCUGAAUGUAGCAAAUGUUUUUCCCAGAAGUCACAGCUUGUUACACAUCAGAGGAAUCACACAGGAGAGAGGCCAUUCAAAUGUUCUGAAUGUAGCAAGUGUUUUACUGCAAAAUCAGUGCUUAAUAGACAUCAGAAGAUCCACACAGGAGAUAAACCAUUCAAAUGUUCGCAAUGCAGCAAGUGUUUUUACUGCAAGUCGCAACUUGUCAGUCAUCAGAUGAUUCACACAGAAGAGAAGCCAAAUAAAUGUACUGAAUGCAGCAAGAGUUUUUCUAGAAAGAGGUUACUUAUUAAUCACAUGAGAAGUCACUCUGAGGGCCUGAAUGCAGCAUGCGUUCCAUAA